AAAACCUAGAUGGUACUAAACAGAGUUCCAGUGUUUGGUGUAAAAAGUUGUCAGGUGCUUAACACAUUUGUUACUUGUGCUGGAAUGGAAAGGAAGAGUAAACUGAACAUCUGCAAUGCAUUUCUGGAUCAUCCAGGGACAAGUGAUCUCCUUCGGUACAUGUUUAGCCGUGCAUGAUAUGAGGAUUUUUGGCUGUCCACGGUCUAACAAAUAUCCUUCAAUACGCUUAUAGUGAAAAAUGAGCGGUGGCUAUGAAGUGGAGAAGUUUGUGGAGACUCCAGAUCAUGAUCUGAUUUGUGUUAUCUGUAAAGCGGUUCUCCGGUGGCCUGUACGACUUACAUGCAACCAUGUCUUCUGCAAGGAAUGCAUUUUACAGUGGAUGAAACGACAGGUGAGAUGCCCAUGCUGUAGGAAGUCUAUCAACCAGGACCAAAUGCUUGUUUUGUUCAAGCUGAGAAAAUCCAUUGGUCGCUUAUCAAUCAAGUGUCAAAAUCAACUUCAGGGUUGCGGAGCCACAUUCCCACUUUCUAAUGAAUCUCUCCACAUAUCUAACUGUCCGUAUGAGUGGCAGCUCUGCCCGCACGAGGGUUGCGGUGAGCAGGUGCUGAGGAAAGAUGCCCAGGCUCAUGAUCAAACCUGCAGCCACUGGCGACAACUGUGUCCCAUGGGCUGCGGCACGCUGCUCUGUCGUGAGAACCAGACCCGACACAACUGCUACAGAGAGCUGCAUCGAUGCUAUGUAGAUGAACGACGGAAACAGAGGGCCGUUGCAACAAACCUGCGCAGGAAGAUGAUUCGCAUGCAGAGCCGCAUGGCUGAAAUGAAAAGGCAGAUAAGCCAGCUGUGUGAGAGCCUACAGGUUGAAGAUCUGGACGUUGAAUCUGGAGAGGGAACAAGCACUCAGACCAACAGUGACACCAGCCGUGUCUCCACCAGUCCAAGCAGCAGGCAUCAUCACAGUUUAAGAGCUAGACCUACAUAAUAACUUUGAAAUCAGCUGUUUUACAGAAUACAGUAAUACAUU